CUGUAGCCUUCAAAGAAGUCUUUGAGCAGUUUGCAAAGAACAGCGAUGGCUCUCUCAAUGAGGAGGGCCUGGCGUCCACACUGGACAGAGUGGGGAUCAGUAUCAGCCCAGAGGAGAGGACGGAGAGGUGGGGUUUCAAGAUUUCCUGCAUGUGAUGGCGGACAGCCAGCGUUUCUCCAAGUGUGUGAAAGGAGCGGACCCAUCCCAGUCUGUUGAGGUGUGUGAGACAGUGUUUUACAAGGCCCUGACCAGGAUGCUGGCUGCUGGUAUCCUGUCCAGUGGUACUACAACACAGAUAGUACAGUACUACCAUAAAAAGACUCUGAGGCUGAUCCGGCGUGCCGUGCGACCAGACAGGGAGGACGGGGACCAUGUUCUCACCUACUACACCAAGGGAGCUCAUCUCAUAGGCCUGAAGAGCAACCAGCUCCUCAAGUACAUCCAGCCAGUGGAGACAAUUGCCCAGAGCCAGAAGGAGAAGGACAGCCCGUACUUGAGGCAUCCCAGCCUUAACGUGGCCUACACCUCCUGGGACCCCCGACGCAUGUCCCCGAACCCUGCACAGAGGGCCAAAAUGAUCUGCCUGAAGUCUGUCAAGACCUGGAAGACCAUUGAGAUUGAGGAUCACAUCAGACAAGCUACCCUGCCGCCCCGUGAUGAGCUGCAGCAAAGGCCCAACCAGCCAAUGCCAAAGCCAGAUAAAGCUGCCCUGGUUAAACUCCCGGCGAUUCCACGGCAGAGAUGCCAGAGGAGUUCCUAA